AUGUUUACAAAUUUCAUACCACUGUUCCUUCCAUUCUUUGUAUCGAUGAUAUUGCAGAGGAUAAAUACAAGCAGGGAUGGAACUAACAAUAAUUAA